AUGACGACCGUAGUUUUGAAUCCUGAACAAUUCGCUCAACUUUCACCUCUGCAAAUUAAAGUAAUUGCAGAAACUGCCAUAAAGGAAACUCCAGCCAAAGCUUCGAAUGGAAGUUUGCCAGCAGAAAAUCUUUCGAAUAAAAGUGAAGAAUCUCUUAAUGCCAAAGAAAUCUCAACCCCCACAACCAAAGAAGAAAUAAAACCAGCAGAUGCAGAAUUACAAAUUCCUUCCAAAUCCCAAAUAACACAACCACCACCAGUCAUUCAAAAACCAACAGGAAAAGGACAAGUGAUUGAUGUGGAAGGAAACAAUGCAAGAUCGAGUUAUCAUUUAGCAAUUUUGAUUUCCAUAAUUUUGGCAAUGUUUUGCAUGGUUCCAUUGGCUUUUAUUCCAUUUAGUGUAGUUUAUUUUAGAUUUAGAUCGAAUCCAACCGAAAGUCCACGUGUUUAUGCAUUUUCGGAGAGAUGUCGAUGGAUUGCAAUUGGGGUAUUAUUUUCGAAUGUAUUCAUGUUCUUGGUUGCUGUAAUGAUUGUGUUAAUUGUUCUAUUUUCAAUUGGAAUUUUUAACAGAUAA